UUCGCAGUCUUCUGAUCUCAGCGUUGGAUCUGCAGUCUUGUAGUUGAGUUGUGUCAAUGUUGUCAUUAUUGUGAAGCCAAGGCGUGACGGACUUCUUAAAGAAAAAACAUCGUAGUUGUUUUUGUUUAGAUAUACCCAUCCCAAUACGUUAUUAUCAACUGGAAAGAGUUACGAUAAACUUGUAUAAAUAAAGGCACACCACACAAUAUAGUAGUUGUACACAAAGCAUAAAACACACACACACAUAUAUAGACCGAGAGCAGCAGAGCAGUAGUGCGCAGUUUUUCUGCGUUGACUCUCUCUUCUCGCCGACGACGAGUUGAGUUGAUAGGAUAGGUGGUGGGAUAGCAGUAGUAGUCGCUCGAGCAACGUACUGAAAGGGUACAAAGCGGCGCCAUGAAGUUUGUGUACAAAGAGGAGCAUCCGUUCGAGAAGAGGAAGGCCGAGGGCGAGAAGAUUAGGAGAAAAUAUCCCGACCGGGUGCCCGUAAUCGUCGAGAAGGCACCGAAGGCGAAAAUCAGCGAUUUGGAUAAACAAAAGUACCUCGUACCGUCCGAUCUGACCGUCGGUCAGUUCUACUUUUUGAUCCGCAAGCGAAUCCACCUGCGCGCGGAGGACGCGCUGUUCUUUUUUGUAAAUAACAUCAUUCCACCCACCAGUGCGACAAUGGGCUCCCUUUACCAGGAACAUCACGAAGAGGACUUUUUCCUGUACAUUGCCUACAGCGACGAAAACGUGUACGGCCACUAAAUGUAUUACCAACAAUUUGCGAUGAAAAAAAGGAGAAAAUGUUAAAAAAAAAAAAACAAAAAAAAAACAAAAAUAAAACAAAAAAAAUGAUAACAUUUAAAAUACACAAUAAAGGUCUACUACCAACACUGUAGUGUUUAUAGGCGCUUCAGAGGAAAUUGUGGGAAAAAAUAAAUGCUGUCGUUACGAGUGUUUGAAAUUUCUUCAUUUUGGGUUAAUUUUGCCUGUUUGCUGAGAUAAACGUUUUAGUGUUAUCUUGUUUCUCUAUUUUUCUUUUCUUUUUUUUUUUGUAAUUCAUACAUUAUACACGUACUCUAUCGAGUCUAUUGAGUUGCGUUGCUUUCUGAAAUGUUAAAUUAAGUGUGUGAAGCGAAAAAAUACAAAAAAAAAAAAAAAAAAAAA